AUGGACGGCGAACCCAAAUUUGCGCGGUGUUUCGGACCAGCGCACUCCAGGCAAUUCUGCCCAGCAAGUGAGUCCAUCUGUAAUAACUGUUCAAAGAAAGGACACGGGGCAAAAGCAUGUCGAAGCCAAGCAAGCCAACAACUUCGCAAGAAACAAGUUAACGAACUAACUUCCCGCCACGAAACCGAGGAGGAACUUUCGUCUGAGGAAGAUGUCUACUUUUUGGGCGAAGUCGUACACUUCGAUACUAUCCGAAAGUUUAGCCAAAGACAACAAUGUUGCACUGUCAAAUCCUCUGUCAAAUGUAAUCACUUAUCCAUCUGA